AUGGCCCGCAUUAUCAGGGGCGAUCUGCCGCAGCACCAGCAAAGCCUAAGGGGCAAAGUUCCUAGGUAUACUAUCGUUGUACCUCGCACUCAUCUGGCUCCCGAUCUCCUCAACCUCGCCGACGAGGAGUAUGACUCACCCAAUGCACUCAGCCAAGCUACUACUCGUGAUUUGAUGGCAGGUCUUGGGGUUCCUCAAUGUGGAAUGUUCUUUGAAGGGUUUGAGGGCCACCACGCCCAUACCAAGAUCAUCCCAAUCCACGAGCCUUCUCCCUCCCAGCAACUCGAUAUCGCUGUCUGA